UUUCUCUUCUCAUAUUUUACUCUCUAAACUAAAAAGGGGCCAAAAAAAAACAAAAUUCAGAGAAUGAACGCAAACGACAUGUCGACGUCUCGCAGCAAGGUGAUGUUCUGCAAGAGGAAGAGAACUUUAAAGAAGAAAGCAGAAGAACUUUCUAAGCUGUGCGGUGUUCCAGUAUGCCUCAUCUGUUUUGAGCCAGAUGGGACGAAGAUCGAUACGUGGCCUGAAGAUAAGAAGGAGGUUGGUGAUAUUCUCGUCAAAUAUAUAUAUAUACUUAAUAAAGAUAACAUCGAUCUACAGCUAGGGUUUAUGGACGCAAAUAACAAGAAUCAAGAUUUGGUGGCCAAGGAGGAAAGCUGCAAACACGAAGAGAAGAAGAAGAAGAAGAAGAAGAAAGUGUUUGAAACAUGGAAUACAAGGCUUGAUUACUUACCUGAGGAAUCUUUACAUGAUAUUUUGAAGUUUCUGGAGCAGAAGGCAGAGAUUUUGGAGGAAAGAAUAAUGCAGAUGGCGAUGAUUAGGGUUUUAGCAGCAAAAUCCAACCAAUGCAUUACCUGAUAAUCUCAUAGCAGUUUUGCCUAUCUCAUCAUCGCGGCCACUAGAGUUUCUAUGACUACUAAUUAAUCUAGUUGUUAAUUUCUUUCUAAUAA